CGGUCUGCGCCAGCCGGCCCCCCCGGGCCAGGCAUGUCCUGCGGCGCGGGGGCAGCCCCCAGCCAUGGGCAACUGCACCAAGACCCCUGAGCGGCGGCUCCCCAAGGACGGGAAGCCGCGCUCUGGCGUCCCGGGCUCCGGCGGGGGGGACCCGGAGGAUGCGCUGGACUCGGCACAGACCCCCACUCUGCAGGGAUACUCGGUGCUGCAGGGGCUGGUGGGGCCGGCCUGCAUCUUCCUGCGGCAGAGCAUCGCCAUCACCCAGCGGGACCGGGAGCUGCGGCCCGAGGAGAUUGAAGAGCUGAAGCACGCGUUCCAGGAGUUCGACAAGGACCACGACGGCUACAUCAGCUACAAGGACCUGGGCGAGUGCAUGCGGACCAUGGGCUACAUGCCCACAGAGAUGGAGCUCAUCGAGCUGUCACAGCAGAUCAGUACGUGGGGGGGGGCGGUGCCGCCGGUCACGUGA